AUGCUAAGGACCGCUACCAAACUGAAAUACUCAGCUGGCAGACCGUCUAUUGGUUUGGCAUUAUUUGGAUGUAAAAAUCGUCCUGCAUAUCGGAUCGUUGUAUUUCCUAACAAAGCAUACGGGCGGCACCACGAAGGAAGUAUCAUCGAAGAGCUUGGCGUUUUCGAUCCGCUGCCUAAUUUUCGAAACGAAAAAUUAGUUGCAUGUGAUGUUACUCGUGUAAAAUAUUGGAUUGGAGAGCGUAACGCACAUAUAUCGCCUUCUCUUUUGGAACUUUUAGGACUUUGGGGAGUACUACCAAUACAUCCGAAGACUUUUAUUCGUGCGCGAUAUCAUCUUGAAGAACUGGAAAGAACUAAAUUAAAAACUCAUUCUGCGGCACCUCAAUCAGAUCUACCAGAAGUGGAAUCGAAAGAAGGAACUGAAAAAGAAGAACCUCAUCUUUGA